AUGCCUUACUACGGAGUCGCCUUCCCCAACUGUCCUUACCCCCAGUUCUCGCUGGCCCGCGAUAAGUACCCCGGGUUGGCGGACUUGAGCGAUAACCAAAUCGCCUACCUCGAAGUCGCCGGCACUCCCCAAGGGGACAGCCCCGCAACCAGCGUGUUGGUUUUGGGUAACGGCCUCUGUGUCUACCCCACCUUUGCCAACAAAACCAACCACAACUUACCUUUCGACGACUACGCUCGCGGCCUUGAUAUCCCCUACCUCGACCUGGUAGAUUUUACUAGAGUAGUGUCGUUGCUGAAGCACGCUAAACCUGAAGCCAGAGCCCACCUUCAAAACCGCACCAGUGCGGUGUCGUCCCCCCUGAUGGUAGAGCUGAUGUAUCUGGCGACCGACCGUCGUAUUGACAUCGCCAACUGGCUCUCCACUCAGUCCUAA